CUCCAUCAUCAAUACAACACCGACUGCGACUAUUAUCGGGAAAAAAAACAUCCACUGACAACAUUGCAUUAUCCUUCAGAACCGACCGGAACGGGGCAAAGGCUAUUUUUAACGAACAAACGGCUGUUACGAUCAUCGUGUCUCGAAACCAACAGUGGUGCUGAAAACAUGUGUGUGCCUCCAGUACCUCCUUUAGCCCUUGAUGACCCACACUGCUUCCCAGUGUGUGAGGCUGAGUGACUCUCUGUCCCCUCUAACCCCUCACCCCUGACCCCUCAUCAUGGGCAGUGUGGGUAGUGGAGUGGCAGGGGAGCAGGAGUUUGCCAUGAAGUCCGUGGGCACUAGGACCACCCUGCCUCGUGCUCCGCCCCUGUCUCGCCGUUGCCCCGCCGAUCGUAGCUGCAGCGCCGAACGACUCCCCCCACUCCCAGCGACAGCCUCCGAGGGAACCGCGUCUAGUGAAGAACGAGGAAGUAUUAGUAUUGGGACCGUAACUGGGAAAGACCGGCCCCCGGACUCUGACACAAACCGUACCGCUACAACUGCAUCCAACUGUGACCGGGGGGAUACAGGGGUGGGAUACGGAAAUGGAGCAGGAAGGAAGGAGAGUAGGGAUAGAGACAGGGUAGAGAGGGAGAGGGAUAGAGAGCGGGAGAAAGAGAGGGUAGAGAGGACGAGAGAGAGGGUUGAGAGAGCGAGGGAAAGAGAGCCACGAGGAGGGGUUGUGAGUCUGGACGUAUGCAGUAACUUGGUGGGACUGGGGGGAAAUGAUAUUGGUACUGGGAUGACCUCCCACCAACAAAGAGACACUGGAGGGAGCAAAACAGACAAUCACAACAAUCCUCCAAACCACAACCCACCCAAAAUCCUGCCAGUCUCUGGCAAACUAGAGCAGAACAACUCCGGGCUGGUUCGUCCUUCUGCCUUCAAACCAGUGGUUCCCAAAAGCUUUCAUUCCAUGCAGAACCUCAUAGGCCAAACCAGUAGUGGUGAGGGUAGGGGUGCGGGGGGGCCAGGAGGGGGUGAGGGUAAAGGAGGGGUCCAGGGGGGGAUGUCAGAUUCGGGGAGAAACUCCUUGACCAGCCUGCCCACCUACACAGGCUCUGGGUCGGGCUAUGUGCCCCCAGCGGCCCUGGGUACUCUCAGUGCUUCUACCAGCCAUAUCAACAGACUGGGGACCACAGGUGGAGCUGCAGUGGCUCAGGACAAGCUGGAGAAACCAGGCUACCAGAAUGGGCUGAGUGCCUCGGACAGUGGCCACUCCUCUUCAGGAAAGAGCUCCUCAUCCUAUCAGAGGCUGAGCCACCUGGGGGACACCCCAGCACCCCUUCGCCCCUCGCCUUCCUCUGAUGACGUCAUCCAAGACCUGGAGGACCGGCUCUGGGAGAAGGAACAAGAGGUGCAGCACAUGCAUCGUAACUUGGACCAGAGCGAGGCAGCCAUCGUCCAGGUUUUUGAGGAGAAGCAGCGCGUGUGGGAGAGACAGAUGGAAGAGCUGAGACAGAACUAUGCCUCCCGCCUGCAGCAGGUGACGCGCCGCGCUCAGCGCUCCCAGAAUGCCCUGCAGGCCCAGAUCACCCGUCUGUCGCAGGACAAGCGGCGCCUGCAGGAGGAGAUGCCUGCCUUGCUGGCCCAGAGAGAAGAGCUGGAGAGGAAGUGUCUGGACUUCAGGAAGGAACAGGCCGACAUACUGCCACGCCUGGAGGAGACCAAGUGGGAGGUAUGUCAGAAAGCGGGGGAGAUCUCCCUGCUGAAGCAGCAGCUGAGGGAGAGCCAGGUGGAGGUGACCCAGCGGGCGGGAGAGAUGGUGGCCCUCAGGGGUCAGCUGAAAGAGGCCAACGCUCAGCUGAGAGACCGGGAGGAGGUCAUGCUGGGCCUCAAGGACUCCUACACCAACAAGAGCCUGGAGCUGGAGCGCUGCCAGGGAGAGCUAAGAAGGACGCUGACUGAGGUGUCUAUCCUGAGGGAGAAGCUGGGUGUGUUUGAGGCGGAGGUUCUGGGUCUUAAACGAACUCUGGGAGAGCUGGGCGGAGCGGUUGAUCCUGCCAUAACCCAAACCCUAGCAGCAGGAAGGCUACUCCCCCCCUUGGGGGCUCUCUACUGCCUCCGCACCCCCACUGAGCCCUCAUCCACCCCCCUUACCCACACCUCAGAUGCCCUGCUCAGCUUUCAGAGUGAUGAGGCAAAA